AUGCCGUCACCUCGUUGCUUCAUCACGCCAGGCGGCGUAUUUAAAACACAGCCGCAUUCAGCGCUCCCAGCCCAGGAUCGCAGCAAAGACAUAGCCCCGAAAGACAAGAAGACUGCAGCCCUCGAGCGCCUUUUGGAUAUCCUGGAGGCUGCUGCGAUGUCCUCUACCCCCGCUCUGGCCACAGGAGAGGCAGCAACGUUAUCACUCCGGCUUGUUGGAGUUACAACCAAUUCCUCCAUCCCCAGCCGCCACCUCUUGGUGAUCACAGUUCUGCUGAUACUGACAGUGGCUGCAGUUUGUCUCAUCGUGUGGUUCAAGAAAACAAAGCAAAAAUACAAGAAACCUUGGGGGAAUCAAAUAAAACUGGGAGGCAACAUUCCAGAGGCAAGGAACAGAGUGUCAUUGGUGAAGGUUCUCCCUUCACCUCGACAUUUGUCAUCAACACAUCGACGCACCAGAGAAUUACGCUCAUCAUGCACAGCAGCAGGAACACAAAGUUUACAGUCUGUCCACUUCACUGUCGAGGAUCUGUCCUUGCUUGAGGUUUUGAAGAUUGGCAAUCAGGGAAAGUUCUACCGAGCGAAGAUCACACGUGGCAACUGCAAAGGACAUCGGCUAGUGACCUGCAAGCUGACAAUGAGGAGUGUCUCCCAGAAGAAGCUGCAGUCAGAAAUCAACAUCAUGAACAAACUCGGGUAUCAUAAGAAUGUCAUUCAACUCCUGCAAUGGAACAUUACACAAGAGCCAUACAUACUGAUAAUGGAGCAUGUAAGUCGGAAUCUGAAGAGUCUUUUACAGAACAAUAGACCACAGCUUUCCAGCUGCAAGGACCUGCAAAUCCAACUGACAUCAGCAGCGUAUUUCAUUUCACUGGGAAUGGAACACCUCGCAUCAAAAAAGAUUGUUCACCGGGACUUAGCAGCAAGAAACAUCUUGGUUGGUCGUUUUCCCCAGGAGUGUAAGAUUGCAGAAUUCAGCCUUGCAGUCGAUCUCUCCAACACUGCAGCCGUGAAGUGUAAGAAAGGAAGAGCGAAUCCAGGCAUCCCAUUCCGCUGGUACCCACCGGAAUUCUUUACUGAUGGGAUUUACUCGCUCCAGGGGGACGUCUGGGCAUUCGGGAUUCUGCUCUGGGAGUUGGAGACUUUGGGGAGUUCUCCAUAUCCGGAAUUCGAGAGUGCCAAGCAGGUAGUGCUGAAUGUUUGUGCCGGAUACAAAAUGAAGAAACCCCCCCAUUGUCGAGAUGAGAUUUAUGAGGUGAUGGAUUUUUGUUGGUCGCAGAGACAUGAGGAGAGGCCGACACUCAGCGACAUCAUGAAGUACCUGGAGGAUCUGGUGGAGAACGAUGCAGAUUACAUUCAGGUGGAUGUCUGCAUUGAGCAAUGUCAGCUGCUGAACACCUCCCCGACUUGGACUCUGCCUCAACCUGCCAAUGUUCAGAACACCUAUGUCAAGGGCUGGCUGGAUUCAGUCUGACACAACACUGGAUGUGGGUGGGGAGAAAAGGCCACAAUCCCCCUUCAAUAAACACCUGAACCUUCAAUGUGCUGGUCAGGAACCAGAAUGAACGAAGAACUUUGGUGUGAAGAUGGUGGAGUAUUUAAUAUAGACUCUGUUCAGCCAAUGCUAUGUCCACACCUGUCAAUGAUUGUUGGGGCUGUAAAUAUUGAAAGAAUUGUCUGUAUUU